UUUUUAACUAGGGGGCGCUGGUGGUGCAGGAGCGGUUGUGUAGAGCGGAGCAGAGAAAGUGCCGCAGUGUUUUUAUUUUAGAAAACAGGAGCUGCUCUGCUGAAGAUAAAGAGCUCCUCUUCUACGCGUUUACACUGAGAACUAAACUGGAGGAGAAAGGGAUGACCUUUUUUCACUGUCCUAUAGAAAUCUAAUCUAUGCACCCAAGUAUACCAAGCAAGUCACCAAGAGGAAUUUGGCGCACUGUCAAAUUAGAAUCAAAUGUUGUAGGGAUAUGGAAUCCAUAAAAUUCAUCACUCAAGAAGAAUCUUCUCCUCCUCAGGACAUAAACACUUCUCUGAGACUUGAACAAGAAAUUACAGGGAAAGUAAGAUCUUACCACUGUUCUGAGUGUGGAAGAACUUUUGGACAGAGUGGUACGCUCAGACGACACCAGCGCCUUCAUACAGGAGAGAAACCGUAUCUCUGUUCAGAGUGUGGGAAGAGUUUUCAUCAACAAAGCACUCUGCAAACACACCAGCGAACUCACACCGGAGAGAAACCUUAUCACUGCUCGGAGUGUGAGAAGAGUUUUUCUGAGAGUAGUUCCCUGAGGAAACAUCAACGUAUUCAUACGGGAGAGAAGCCGUAUCGGUGCUCAGAGUGUGGAAAGAGUUUUCAUCAACAGAAUCAUCUCCAAACCCACCAGUACAUUCACACUGGAGAAAAACCGUAUCAGUGCUCAGAGUGUGGAAAGAGCUUUAACCAACACCGUCAUCUCCUUCAACAUCAGUUCAUUCAUACAGGAGAGAGACCGUAUCCGUGCUCAGAGUGUGGAAAGAGUUUUGCUGAGAGUGGUUCCCUGAGGAAACACCAGCGCAUUCAUACUGGAGAGAAGCCGUAUCAGUGCUUAGAGUGUGGGAAGAGUUUUAACCGACAGCAUCAUCUCCAACAACACCAGCACAUUCAUACUGGGGAGAAACCGUAUCAUUGCUCAGACUGUGGGAAGAGCUUCACUAGACAGGGUCAUCUCCUUCAACACCAGCGCAUUCACACUGGAGCGUGGGAGGAGUUUUAAUCAAUAGAUUAUGCACCAAAGCCACUGGUACAUUCAUUCACAGAGGAAAUAUAAAAUAAUGCUGUUCAGUGUGAAAAGAGCCAAAGACCCUAGGGAGGUAAUUAUUUGAGGGUAAGAGUGGUAAAAUCAGAAACAUGAUGUUCAUGAUAACAAAUCUUUGAUAUCAAGUUGACCUUUUAUCCAACAUUUUUUUCUUAAAGGCAAAGAUGAAUGGAAAAUACAUAGGCUGUUCUGCCAUAUUAUUGUUGUAGCAAUACUUAAAAGUAUACUGCAGUAGACCAGCCAGCUAAAAACAUAUACAACCUUCCCACACCGUCCAUGUGCAGCCCAUGGAAAGCAACUGUAGCGACCUCACACUAACACGAUUCACUUGAGUAUCUUACCCAGGAAGUCUUUAAGGGAUUUUCCUAUGACAUCACUGUUGAUAUGCCCACUGAGCACACAAGCACACUUUUUUCAUUAAUUAAUUAUUUAUUAAUUCAUUUAAAUUAUACUGAAUUUUGUAAAACCUUGUUUAGAAAUAAUACAACUUUAUAAAAUCCCAAAACAUUCACGAAAGUAGAACAUACAUAAUCAAAACCUACAUAAGCAAAUGCAAAACGUAGGGAUGCACCGAUACCAAUUUUUUCCUUACCGAUACCGGCUUUUCUGGUAUCGGCCGAUACCUAUACCAACUGUUUUUUCCUGAAUAAGAUAUAAUAACCUGAUUGGCUGUUCCGCAGUUUCAGCCUGUUUUGAAAGAUCUGUUAGGAUGAUUGGCUGCAGUAGAUAAUUAUGGAGCUCCUGUUGUCGACUUAAAAUUAUUCAAUUGAACAUGUAAAAUAUGGUUGGGUUGGGUUGGGUAGUCGAGCUUAACGCCACAUCAGCUCGUCGGCUAUUUCGUGGCAGGAUAGGUACUGUUUAUUCACAAGGUUCUACGAUCUAAACCAUCGCAAGGCAGACAGACACAGACAGACACACAGACACAUUCACUCACACACUCACACCUAAGGGGCAAUUUCAAUCAAGUUCCAAUUAGCCUGAACGUGCCGUCUUUGGACAGUGGGAGGAAACCGGAGAACCCGGAGGAAACCCACGCAGACACGGGGAGAACGUGCAAACUCCACACAGAAAGACCCGGGUCGCCCCAGCCGGAAAUCAAACCCAGGCCGUCUUGCUGUGAGGCGGAAGUGCUACCCACCGCGCCACCGUGCCGCCCCCUGUAAAAUAUGGUAAAAAUCAGGAAAAUAUUUAGGCCCUUUUCCCAUUUUCCUAUUUUUUUUUUAAAACGCUAAUUAUGAUGAAAAUUUCUAAUAAAAAAAGCGUAUUUCACCCUUCGUGUUUGUUUCCUGAAAGGAAAUACAGCUAAACAUGUUAAAUAACUAAAAGCAGAUAUUUUAGGCUUUAAAAUGGCCUUUUACUCAGGCAAGUAUUGAUUAUUCAGAUUGUUAUUUAGGUAGCUGGCUCGUGUAUUCAGAUCUGUAUUGUGUAAACCAGGGGUUCUUAACCUUUUUGACCUCAGGGCCCAAUUUUUUUAACACGAAAUGUCCAGAGGCCCAGUCAGUUAUUACCGAUGUCCUGAUCAAAAUUAUAAUUAUUCUAAGUCUUAAUUUAAUUUUUUAAUUAAGUUUUGUACUUGCAUUGUAAUUAAAUUAAAUACACUUACAGUUUAAAAGUAAAAAUCCUGUCAAAUAAUCACAAGAAAUGAUUAUGACAAACAUAUUAUAUAUGAACUUUUCCAUGAAGAGUAUUUGAUCAAAUCCAACAGUCAGUCAACAGGCUUAUUAACACAAAAAUAACUUUUUUUUUUACAUUUUAACAGAAGUAGACAAAUUCAAUAAAUAAAAGUACUGCCAUAAAAUGAAUACAAUCAAAAUGUUCAUGUAAAUGUUUAAAAAACGUAAAAAUAAAUUUGAUAAAGUGUAAAAAAAAAUUAAUACAUUUAAAAUGUCUAAAAAAUAAACUGUAAAAACUAAUUUGAUAAUGUGCAAAUUAAAAUACAGCUGUAUAUGCAAAUAAUGUUUUGAACUUUUGAAAUAUUGAAUGGUAGAACCAGAAGCUGCUCCUCAUAUUAGUGACAAAGAAUAACAGUAACAUCAACAGCUUUUUGACUAUUUUGAAGUAAAAAUAAAUAAAUACACUCAAAAAAAUUUAAUAAAUUAUAAAAAUAAACUUCAUAAAAUGCAAAUGAAAAUAUAGCUGUAUCUGCAGUCUUUUGAACUUUUGAAAUGCUAAAUGGUAGAUCCAGAAGCUGAGUGAGUCAUCUGAGUGACGCACUAGUAGUGAGAAAGUGUAUUGCACCUUAUGAAAAAUCAACGUGGUGCAGCGGCCCUCACGGCCCAAAAGGUAAAAACUGUUGUUCUUUUGAGGCCCUCAAGGUGGCGCUCGCGGCCCACAAUUGGGUUAAGAAUCCCUGGUGUAAACUGAUAUAGGUGUUGUAAAGUUACUCCCAGGAGAUUGCUAUGCUGCUUCAUUUUGUCUGUACGUUCUGCCCACGCUGUUUACCCUGCUAUGUUUUACUCCCGCAUUCCAAACCCGGACAUGGUAUCGGCCAAUACCCAUUGUCGAUACCGAUACUGUGUGUAAGUGCAGGUAUCGGUAUCAGUAUUGGUGCAACCCUAACAGAAAGAGACAAAUAAAAUAAUAUAAAUAACACAUUAUUCUGCGGUAGGACAGGAGCACUAUAAAGGGAGGGAAAGGAGGAGUAGCAAAAGUUUCUGGAAACAGCCAGACUCUGGACUCUACUCGUCCACCUGCAUGGUGAGCUUGGGUCUAGGCUGAGAAACCAACACUUUUCUGUUUCUAACUUGUUUGAUUAAUAGUUAGUCAUUUAAUUAGUUUAAUAAAAAUUGGUAAUUCUUUUAUCUGUAUUUGCCAUUUUUUCUUGUAUUGUCAAAAAAAAAAAAAACAUUUGAGAUGUAUGAAUAAAUGUGCCAAACAUUA